GCUAGUCUCUAGCUCCAAGCCCGUGCCCUCUCCACACUCUGUGACACUUUAGGAGGAACUUGGACACUCCCUUGCCUGGGGACUCCUUCCCAGCCUUUCCCCUUUUCUCAUCUUCCCUGAGUCAACCUGGCAAGACCGCUCUUCUUGCCUGAACCAUUUGAGCCCAGCACAUACCAGUCUGUACCGGGCCAGGUGGAGGAUCCAAGGUGGCCUUGGUGACAAGACAUUCCUCAAAUCUUCCCCCUCCUCUCCCCUCGCUCCUGGAAGCCCUAAGGACCUUCACCUUGAAGCUCAUUGUGUCUGUCCAGGGUAAGGAGGCCAGCUGACCAGCCUUGUUGGCUCAGCUCCUAUUCAUCUGGGAGCCUGGGCAUUAGGGGAUGGGUCCCCCUUCUCCUCACCAUGAUCCUGCUCAGAAGGCUCUCAGCCUGAGUCUCCGAGUGCAUGCUGAGAUCCUGCCCAUAAGCCGGCGGGUGAGGAGGCUAAGGAGGCUCCAACAAUAAAAGCCAUCAUCGGCCACAGGUGCUUCCUGGAUAUAUCUUUUUGUCUGACUGUUUUGAAUUAUCUCCCCAGCAGCUGCGGCAUCUACCGGCAGCCUGGACCCUGGGAAUCAGGGUUGCUGUGGGGGCUGGGAGGAGCAUGGGCUGUGCUGAUGGCCUUCUUUCCUUCAAGGAAAGAGAAGCCCCUCACCCCUGGCUCAGCAUGGGUGUGCAGUGGAAGGACCAGCUACAUGCUGUCUUGGGUGCCAACCUUACCUUGCAAGCCACCUGCUCAGACACAAUUUCUGAAACCAUUUCCAACCUCAUCCCAGUGCCAGAUGUCUACAAAAGGAAGUCCGACUGAGCCAUGGAGAGAAAAGAGGAAAAGGGAGAAGAGCAGAGGGUGUCCAGGAAGCUGAGGCGCCCCUGUAUGCAGUGUUAUUUCCACAAACACUCACAUAGUCAACACUUAAGUGCCUUACCCAGGACCACUGGAUUGUCAGCCAACGAUCAUGCAAGGGUGCCAGACACCUUAAGAUUUCAUUUCAUUUCAUUCAUUCAUUCUCCUGACAACCCUAUGAAGUGGGGACUAGUAUUACUCCUGUUAUACAGUGAACUGCUGCCUGAGGUGAUAAAGUAACUUGCCCAUAGUCACACAGCUUGUAGGUUGCAGAGCUGGGAUACAAACCCACAUUUGCCUAAUAGUUCCAGCUCUACCUACAGCUUGGGCUCUAAUUUGCUUAACACUGCCUACCUCCACUGAAAAAGUGCUAGUAAAUAUGUGUUGAAUGCAUGAACGGGUAGUUGGGCGAAUACCGCAAGCAACAACCAACAUUAAUAGUCAUCAUUACAAAAAAUGUUUCAGCUGCCAACUAUUUGCCAGGCGUGUUCUAAGUACUUUGCGUGUGUUAACCUCACAACCACCCUGUGAGGUAGAUGCCGUAAUAUCCCCAUUUGACAGAGCAGAAGACUGAGGCACAAAGAAGUUCGGUAAUUUGCCUAGAGUCCCUCAACCAGAGUGUAUAGAAUGAAUGAGCCUCUGACCAAGAUCACAUCUGCCUCUGGGACUUACCCAUGGCUCAUGCCUCAACUCGUACUAGUCUUUCACCUGCUGGUGAGGCCUUCCCUGACCAGCACCCUGAACCCCCGACUCUCGUCUGUUGUUAUCACCAUCGAACAUUCUACGUGUUUGCGUCUCUGUCUCCCACAUUGGAAUUAAGCUCUGAGGGGGCAUAGGCUUUGUUUUGGUCACUGCUGAUUCCUAGAAAAGUGUCUGGUGCAGCAUAGAUGCUCAAUAAAUAUUAAUUGAUCAAUCGACUGAUUGGUUGAUGAAAUAAAUGAAAGAAUGAGCCAAAGCCCUACCUCUCGAUACAGAAAGUGGUUUUCCCAUGUUACUGCUGCUGGGCCCAGUGGGCACCCUGGCAUGUCUCCCUGCCAGGACAACCUUCCUGCUGCAUUGCAUUCCCCACUGCAUGUGAAUGACACGCUCCAACCCAUGUGCCUCGCAUGCUGUUGCCCCUUUCCAGCCCUGCUGCGCGGAGCCCAGCACCCCCUCCUGAGGGGACCUCGGAGAGCCCGGCCCCAACGACCCCAGCUGCUGCCAUCCCCGUGGCGCCCUCAGCGACCCCCACUGCGCCGCCCGAGGAGGAGGACCCAGCCCUGUCCCCGCACCUCCUGCUCCCUGACAGCCUCAGCCAGCUGGAGGAAUUUGGGCGGCAGAAGAAGUGGCACAAGAGGCAGAACAAACAGCAGCGGCCACGGCAGUUCAAUGACCUCUGGGUUCGCAUCGAGGACAGCACCACCGCCUCGCCACCCCCGCUGCCCCUCCAGCCCACGCACAGCUCCAGGACUGCCAAGCCCCCCCUCCAGCUCUCCGACCAGCUCCAGCCCCAGGACCAGCCAGGUCUUGCCAGCAGUGCAGCACCCAGCCACCCACAACUCGCCGUGGGCCUCCUCACUGCCAUCACUACCACCAUCGUCGCCACCUUCCUGCUGCACACACUCGGGCCCUCCUGACCUCGGCUCUCCAUGCAGAGAAGCCAGAGAGCGAUAUAGGGUCUGCAGACACCCCCACCACCCCUGCCAUCACCUCCAGGGGUGCCUGAUCCUCACGGGCAACCCAGGCAGGACUGGUUAGAACACUAGCGCUUCGUUGUACCCGAAUUACAUCUUCUUUUUUGUAGAAGGAUCUUAAUUUCCCAUAGUGCUAUGGGGCUCUUUUGUAAAAUAUGUGUCCAUAUUAAAAAAGAAAAAUGUAUUUAUUCUACCAUAAAACUAUUUUUAUGUGGCCUAUGUUAAUAACCCUUUAAUUAGCCGCAACACCAACCCGGGAGGUGAGCUAGGUUGCCAGGAUAUCUGCGACCUCAUGCAGACCGUGGCUUUGAACUAGCUUGUCCCUGGAUCAGUGGAAGCCUCCCAUCUCUGGGUUUGGUUUUUCCCACUCCUGGGACCUCAGAGGGAGGGGAAGGCAGACAGGCUAAGGUUUUGUGAAGCUGGAUUUGGAAGCCAGAGGUGUGAACCCUGACCAUCCUCCCCUCUCCCAGCACCUGGGAAGAUACUUAGGAAAGAGAUUGCUGCUAAUUUUGAAAACCCCAAAUGUCUGUGAACUGCCCUCCAGAGCUCUUGAUAAGUGUUUUGACCAAAGCACUAGGGUGGACAAGUGGGGAGGGGAUGUUGGUGCUGAGGAAGGUGAUCCCCCAGCCCUCUUUGACCGAUGGUUACAAUGAGGUCCAAAGAGAGGAAGGAGGUCACCCAAGGUCAUGCAGCAGGUGACGAGAGAAGGGACUUGAAUCUAGACCUCUCAGCUUGGGUUAGAGGAGAGGCUGUUAAAGUCGCAGCCAAGUAGGGUAAGCUGGGCCAGACAACAGAAAGACACUUUUAGGGAGUCACAUGGCGAUCAUCGUAAUGAGAGCUGCCAUCUGUCCAAAGCCUGUGGUGUGGUAGGCACUUUGUACACUUUACUGCUGAUCCUCAGCACAGCUCUGUGAGAUGUGAUUACCCCCAUUUUGCAGAUGAGGGAACUGAGCCCCCUAAAGAAGUAUAGAGACUUGCUCAAUGUCACCCAGCUAAUAAGGAGCCAGGCUCUGACCCAGAUCAGUAUGAUUCAAAAGCAGUGCUUGUCUCCUGGACCAUGUUCUGCCUGUUUUCUCUGCACAGGGCAGCUCCAAGGGGGCAGACCUCAUCUUAACUCGGGCUAGCGCAGCUUUUCUCUCCAGCUAAGGAAACUGACCACAGUUACUCGUGCUGGUCCCUUUGGCCAAGGGUCUCUGGCAUCAACAGGUGCUCCGUGUCCCAUGCCCCAGCUUGCCAUAUCUUGGAGCCAAUGAGAGGUUUUUCUGCCACAUCUGAGGCUGGGGGUGGGGGACAGCUAUGGAGAGCCUGGAAAGGCAGACAGCCGAGACUGAGAGAGGCUUAUGCAGCUCCUCUGCCCCCCAUGGUGGUGGCUGAGAAUGGAGACCCAGUUCUCAGCCCUGAACCCUGAACUGGGCUAAUGCCUCCUUACUUAGAGUCCCUGAAUCUGAGAGCAGAAAGAACCCCUUCUUUGACAAACAAGGAUACCAAUGAGAGUAAUUAUAAGGCCCAGAGAGGGCAGACACUUAGCCCAAGGCUGCACAGCUGGUCAGGUCUGCUGACUCCCAGCCCAGUGCUUCCCAGCCUCACUGUACUGUGUUUCCUUGGCAGGCUUCAUAAUGACUAAUUGGCCUCAGUACCAUCAUGCCCAGCUUGACAGCUGUCUCCACUCUGAGACAGUGGAAUCUUGGGCAGCUCAUCGGAUGUUCAGAGGUCUCAUGGGCCUCUUGGCGAGCAGCUGAAUUCUUUUCAGCUUGGUCCUGGGUAAACGUGUUUGACCUUGAGACAUGGCAGGAGCCCUGAGCUCUGCUUCUGAGGGUCCAGAGAGCCUUAUGAGUACCACACUCUAAACUGAACUUGAACCCAGUCAGGGCUGAAGUCCGUUUAUCCUUGGCAAAAACGUGACUUCCUAUUUCUGAGUGGGAAGGGGCUUAGCUGACUUAUAAAGCAGGCUCAGAAAGGCUGUUGAACAUCAAACAGAUCGAGCAGAGCAAUAUUUGGAUGAGAUAAGUGUAAAGGAAUUAGAAACACACAGGCCAGAUCCCCCUCUGUUUGGGGCAGAGUGUGCAGUGCGAUGUGGUGAGAUGGAGCUGAAGUUAAUUAAAGAUGAAGCAUCUAAGUAAACAGUCCCGGCACCUUCCAGUGUGCCCAAAUCUGUGCGAGGCAUGGGACCAAAGAUGUAAAUUAAUGCAGCAGGUAAUUAUCAAGGGCAUAUAAGUGCCAGGCUCUGUGUUGGGGCCGAAUUUAACCACCUUUCCUGGUUUAGAGGAACUCAGUAUCAAGUUGUGACAAGCAGCCCAGUCUUAGAUGGCUUUGUUAGAAGGAACUUUAGAGGUUACCCUGUCCAGGUCCCUGACUUCAGGCAGAUUCAGCCCCAAGGCUUUCUGGAUUUCUCCUCUGGGCAGCUUGGGGAUUCUAAACCCUCCCUCAGCCAACCAUUCAAGUAUUGAAAGAAAGAUGGAUGGGCAGCCAGAUGCAUGGGCCAACUGAUAGGAAGACGUGAUGACAGGAGGGCCAGAGCCAAGGUGGGUCAGACAUCUGCAGGCAAAGUUUGCUAAUCCCCCAGGACUGUCUGCUGGCGAGGGUUUGGAACUGAGCUGAACUUUCUGACUCCCAUCCUAUAGGUCUGAGGCACAGACACAGGAAUCUGCGUAGCUGGGGCACUUAAGUUCUCUCAUCCUGGGCCAGGGAACCACCAUUCCAUCAUCCACUCAUGUACCUACCUGCUACUGACAUUUUUUCCAACAUGUUCUAUGUGCCUUGUUGUUCUUAGGUGCCAUCGAGUCAGCUCUGACUCAUAGCUACCCUGUGUACAACAGUACAAAACACUGUCCAGUCCUUUGAGGAGGCACCUCUUCCCCAGUGGUAUUUUGAGUGCCUUCCAAUCUGGGGGGCUCAUCUUCUGGCACUAUAUCAGACAAUGUUCCCCUGCUAUUCAUGAGGUUUUCACUGGACAAUUUUUUCAGAAGUCGACCGCCAAGACCUCCUUCCUAUGCGCCUAGCCUUCUUAAAAAGCCUCCUUUUGUUCUUAGGGCACUGUGUACAUUUCUUAGGGCUUUCACAUUUGACCUGAGGCAAGCAGAAAAGACAGAAGGACUGUGACCCAGCAAGUUAAGUGACUGCCUGAGGUUAGCUAGCAUGUGAACGAUGGCCUUAGGUCCCCUUUCUCUCAGGAAAGCUGACCACAUGAGCACAGGCUCUCUGGGGCAGGUCAGAGUGGCCAUGUGUUCUGGUCUUCCUUCAGAGGCUAGCCUGUCACACCAGGGAGCAGGUGAAGGCAGAGAGACCUCGUCAUUACAGUGGAAGUGUGUGAGUCAGCCUGUUAGCAAGGCAGCCCAAGGACCCCUCCAACCCUAGAGUCAAGGAUCCAAAGUCUCUGAAUCACAGAAACUUGUGCUGACUACAAGUGAAUUUGCCCUUGCCCGAAGAGACUGAGAGUGGAUUUUCCUCACACAGAAUGCUUGGUCUUCUAGGACAUUCUGGCCUUAGCUAGACUUAGGCAAGCCUAGGAACUCAGACCCCUUUUCUCACCUGCCCAAUCUCCAGCCUGGCACCACUGUCACAGCAGAUCCCAAAGAGCAGGGAGAGGUCAUUCUAUCAAAAGGAAGAUUCAUGAAGGACAAGGGAAUUUCUACCUCGGAAUGGAGCCUUGGACAUAUCCUGUGUGUCAGAGAACAGAAUUGGGGCUGGUGAUAGUUCUUCUAAGACAGUCAGCUAAGAACCAAACUUUCUAGCCAUGAUCCAGCCCUGCUAACCAUGCCAGUCUGUGCCUGGCCAGACUGAAUCAUAUUUGUCCUUUCUAAAAUAGACAGGAUGUCUCACCUACACCCCUCCCUAGGCCUAUAAAAUUGGCUCUUCUCCUCCCUUCUAAUUACUUAUCCUUCAAGGAUCAGCUCAGGUAUUUCCUCCUCCAGGAAGCCCUCUUUGACUCCUUUGGGAUUUCUUAGCAACUCUCACAACACCCACCGCUUAGGGUUGUGUUGUGACUGUUUCUCUGCCCCUAUCAGACUUUGAGCUCCUCAAUGGCAGGGGUCAUGUGAAUGUGUCUUUGUAUCCUCACCUAACCCAAAGGUGGUGCUCAGUAGAUGUGGAGGCAGGGAGAGAAGGAAGGCUAGAGAGAAGGAGGAGUAAGAAAGCAGUAAAGGAAGGGAGGGAAAAAAGAGAGGAAGUAAACGUUAGCUCUGAUAGUGGAACACUUUCCACAAAGUCAGAGAUGACCAAAGAUGGAUUGGGUUGUCCUUGAAGGUAGUGAGUUUCUUAUCAUAGAGGUAUGUGAACAGGGGCAGUAGGCUUAUUGACUGGAGAUGUAAUAGAAUUGAAAUCUUGGCAAGGGAUUGGUGUAGAUGACCUUGAGAGCCCUUCCUGGCUUUGUGAUGCUCAGGUUCUUUGAACAUUGCUAUUUAUUCAAAAAUUCAUUUAAGCAGCCAAAGAAAUCACCCCAGCUGUCUGUCUAAACCAGUGAAGGUUAAGGAAUCAGUCCAGCCUUACAGCCCCUGUUCA